UCUACAUUUUAUCGUAUAAACUAUAGCAAUGUAACCGACUAUAAAUAUUACAGUUAACCUGUGGGAUGAUCAAUAUGAGUAGGUUGAGUUAUGUAUGGUUGAGUUGUGUAUGUGUGGUGCUACUUCAGCUGAUAAUAUGUCGGGCUGCUGGCCCAGGUUCUGGGCCCUUUACGAGUAUUCGUUUGACCAGGGCACGUAAAGGGCAAGCGGGUCUCGAAGGACAAGUCGAGUUGUUCUUUAACAAUAGUACAAUAAUGAUACCCCAAUGGGGCGUAAUAUGCGGGGAUUUUGAUGACAAUGCUGCGAAGGUUGUUUGUCGAGAGCUCGGUUUUCCAAAGGGCACCAGAGCAGUUCCUCUGCUUGAUUCUCAUUUCGGAAUAAAAGAUAAGCAGACUUUCAUGCACCUCCCCCCGAAUGCAUGUAACGGUACAGAGAAGAGGCUGGUCGAUUGUCAACAUUCGCCUAUCCUUCAUUGGCCUCCAGGAAUUUCAUGUAAGCGCACAAAUAUCCACAGGGACAAUAAGGACGGUUCUGAGAACAUCAUUGGCGUCUCGUGUGAAUCUGAACCAGAUAUUGAAAUUCGACUUGUUGAUGGAAUAGACAACACAGAAGGAAGGGUGGAACUCAGCUACUAUGGUACAUGGGGCACUAUAUGUGACGACUCCUGGGAUGACAACGAUGCCAAGGUCGUAUGUCAACAGCUGGGUUUAUACCAGACCCAUGGCAAAGCAUUUAGCAUGAGGGCCGCCUAUUUUGGAGAGGGCCAAGUUCCUCAUGUGUUCAUGAAUAAAGUUGCCUGCAAUGGUAACGAAGAUAAGCUCCAAACGUGUGGGCUUGUCAAGUCUGUUGGAACCUGCCUUAAAAGUAAAGAUGCAUCCGUGUCAUGUCUGAGAACGCCUAUCCGAAAUAGGGUCAGAUUGGUAGGAGGGUCAGACUACGCAGGUAGGGUGGAGGUUUACCAUAAACACAAAUGGGGAACUGUUAAAAGUAGCAACAGACCAUUCGGAAUCGACCAACAUGCUUCAACAAAUAACUUUGAAAGAGUCAUAUGCAGACAGCUAGGCCUUACAUCAAACUUGGAUAGUGCGACGAGGUACCUCGGAUCACCAUUUGGUUAUGGAUCAGCCAGAUCACUACCAUACAUCAAAUGUUUUGGAAAUGAGUCAUCGGUUGAAGAUUGUGUGCUUGAAUGGUCCUCUAAUCGUUAUUGGCGUGCCCCAGGGUGGUUCCAUUUAUCAGAUGCAUCUUUGUCGUGCAAACCGCAACCGCUAGAAGUGAGACUCGCUGAUGGUGCCAAAAAGUCUCAAGGUCGUCUUGAGGUUAACUUCAAUGGUAUUUGGGGAACCGUUUGUGAUGAUCUAGUAACAGUUUCUGAUGCUAGAGUCGUAUGUAAGAUGCUUGGGUACAACGACAACAGAGGUAUUGUCGUACCAAGGGGAACUUUCCCUCCAGGAGAUGGAAUUCGAACAUGGCUCUCAGCGAUGAGAUGUAAAGGAUCUGAGACGAUUAUUGAUACAUGCGACAGAAAUAAGAUAUUGCAAAAGUUUGGGAAGAAAUGGGAAUGUGGACAUUCAGAGGAUGUUGGAAUAGACUGCGACCCUCCAAUAUCAUCAGAGUUAUGGAGGCUUUCCGGUGCGGGAGAAGGCGUCGGUGUGGUGCAGUACAACUAUAAUCUUACUGGCUUAUGGGGAGUAAUUACAAUAUUCGAUGUUAAUAUAAAAAAGGCACUCGCCCCGCUAAUUUGCGAUCAUUUCGGGUACGAUCCCGAAAAUGCAAAAUCACUGCGAGAUUUUGACUACUACGACUCUAGUAAAGGUCUUCCCGUUAUUUCAAACAAAAUCAGUUGUCCAACCCCAACGACUUCACUGCGUGAUUGCAAUGUCUCUCUUCUUCCACAACCCUCAUUCUCAUCACCACAUAGGAACAUGCUCAUCGUAUCAUGUAUACCAGAGGACACAGGAAUUCGACUAGUUGGUGGUAAAGAUGACACGGAAGGGAUGGUGCAAGUUAGGGGAAAGGGUAUGUGGGUAGGCAUGGGAGAAACAGUAUCCAGUCAAUUCAACGACAAUCAUGCAGCUGUUGUUUGUCGACAAUUGGGCUUCAAAGAUACGUCAGAGGCAACGUCUUUAACAGAAGCCUACUUUUCUAAAAUGGAUGUUUCAAACCCGAUUGCGUUGCGAAUUAACGAUAGAAAUUGUCCGUUGGAGACAAAUAAAGACAUUAUGAGCUGUAUAUAUUCUGCGUGGUUUAUCAAUACAUUUCCACCGGUGGAGCCUGCCGCCGUAUCUUGUGUUAAACCAGCACGUGAAACAAUAAGACUCAGUGGAGGAUCUCAUUCAUACGGCAGAUUGGAAGUGUUGUACAAAGGAGAGUGGGGGACAGUUUGUGCUGCUGACUGGAGAGAACGGCAGUCCAUUGUUGCAUGUAGACAACUGGGCUUUGGGAGCGCGUUCGCCCAACAAAUACAAUCUGGAACGUCAACAAAAGAAAAUGUUCCUGAAAGGAUUUGGUUGUAUGACGUUGAUUGUACUGGGGAAGAGAAAAGACUGGAAGGAUGUCGACAUAACGGUUGGGGUUGUGCUCCUUGUGAGCAUGCGGAAGAUGUUGAGAUUACAUGCGAAGAAGUUCUGGAAGAAGUUCGUCUUGUGGAUGGAAUCGGUCCCUACACUGGUCGGUUGGAGGUAAAACAUAUGGGUGAAUGGAAGUCUGUGUGCUCCUACAAUGGAUGGGAUAAUAAACUUGAUUCUAAAACUGUAUGCAAUCAACUAGGCUAUACAACUGAUGAUCCAAACUUUAUUUACGCUGCGCACAACGAAAAGAUCCGCAUGGGAACUGAUGAAGAAUUUUCCAUGGUGAGGAGCAGGGUAACUUGCGACGGGACUGAGGACAACCUCGGACGAUGCAGUCAUCUACAUGGAUUCCUUUCUUUUGUCGAAGUUACUCCCUCCAGUCUCGGCAGUGCUUUGUAUAAUUGGUGCGUUCACGAAGACAACUCUGUGUGGAUCUACUGCCCAACUGAGACACCACUUGUAAAUCCGACGGCUGAGUCCUGUAGCGAUGGUUGGUUCCUUGAGAAUAUUGUGACUGAUAAAAUGGUUUGCGCAAAGAAAAUAAUCAUGGAAGAUUGUUCUGCAGCUGGACGCCUCACAGGUUAUCCACUCAUGUGUGAAGAUGACGCAGGGAACAUAUCUAUGACGGGGUUGAAAAGUGUUGACGGCUGUCCAACAGGUUUUGUGACAACAUACGAUACGUUUGAUGAAAGCGAUAUAGACUGGAUGAAUGAUGUUAUGUCAGCAUAUGGAGAUUAGAGAAACGUUUAGAAAAAUAUAACU